AUGCUAGUGAUUAUAGGUCUUUCCUAUUAUUCAAUAUUUACUGCGACUCUUUCUAAAGAGGCUGAAAAAGCUGCAGAAGUGGCAGAGAUCGAGUACACGAUGCGUCUUUCAGCCAAAGAGAACGAGAAAGCAAUCGCUGAGAUAGAGGAGAGUAUUCGAGCCGCAAGAGCUCGCGCAGAAGCCGAUGCAGAAUUUUAUCGUGCCUCGCGUUUGGCUGAAGCCGAUUCCCUUCGAUUAACUCCACAAUUUCUUGAAUUAGAACGCUAUCGUGCCAUGGCGUCCAACUCGAAGGUCUAUUUCGCUUCCUUGAGUGGUGAGAAUCCCUUCCUUACCUCCUCGUCGGGGCAUUCGAAGAAUGAAAAGGCCUCUGAUCCCUCCCAAGGUGACAUACCCGCAUCACUUGCGGACUUAGUCGGUUCAGAAUUUUUCACCUCGGUUCUCGAAAAUGUGAGCAGUUUGAAGCAACUUGGAAGUGGAGUGUUGGAGGGCUUAAUCAAGUCGGCUCUUAGUUCUGAGGGUGAUGAGAUUGCGGAAAGCAGUGUGAAAAUCAACAGUAAUCCUUUGGAUGAG